AUGUCCACCCCCAAGAUAUCCUUCAAACUCCCCAACCAGGACGGAGACGCCACCGGCGAGGGAGUCAUCACCCACGACGUCGCAGCCGCACCCGGCAAGGAGAAGGAGCGCGAGCCCCUGUUUGGCGGGGACAUUGCAAACAUCAGCAACGGCGAUCAUGCCGACACCCCAGGCGACUCGCCAGCCCCAGAGCCCGAACGCCCUACCCCUUCCCAACUCCACGACCUCGCAACCACCUACCUCGCGGCCCAGACCCACCCCCUCAUCAUCCCCUCCUACUCUUCCUGGUUCUCGCUCUCCACCAUCCACCCCAUAGAGCGCCGCUCCCUGCCCGAGUUCUUUUCCUCCCGCAACAGGUCCAAGACACCGAGCAUCUACAAGGACUACAGGGAUUUCAUGAUCAACACUUACAGGCUGAAUCCGGGAGAGUACUUGACGGUGACUGCUUGCAGGAGAAACUUGGCAGGAGAUGUGGGAGCUAUCAUGAGGGUGCACGCGUUCUUGGAGCAAUGGGGUCUGGUCAACUACCAGGUCGACCCGGACUCUCGUCCAGCUGCUCUCGGCCCCCCAUUCACUGGCCACUUUAGAGUCACCCUCGACACCCCUCGCGGUCUGUCCAACCUCCUUCACCCCGGCACCAAGCCCGGUGCUGGUGCCCUCGCGUCCACUACCAACGGCGUCACUCCCCACCCCUCCAACCUCGACCUACGCAAGACAAUCUACCACUCCACUUCGCGCGCUACCAAGCCAGUCUCGGCGGAGACUGCGUCCAAAAUCGCUGCGGCAGGUGCUAAUGGCGAUGUGACAAAGGGCAAGACAUAUGCUUGUGAGACUUGUGGGACGGAUUGUACUACGACACGAUACCACUCGCUCAAAGAUGGCGAGUACACUGUGUGUCCGUCUUGUUUCGUCUCGGGGCGAUUCCCGUCAUCAAUGUACUCUGGCGAUUUCGUCCGUCUCGACGAGGAAGCGUUCAAGCACGCUGCUGCUUCUGCCGGCGACGAAUGGUCUGAUCAAGAGACUUUGCUUUUGCUUGAAGGUGUUGAAAUGUACGACGACGACUGGCAAGCCGUCGCCGACCACAUCGGUACCCGCUCCAAAUCACAAGCCAUCACCAAAUUCCUUCAACUCCCUAUCGAAGACUCUUACCUCUCCCCCUCCAACGACCCUGCUGUCGAACUCGGUCCUCUGCGGUACCAGGCGGGUCUUAAUGGGCUGCCGUUUGAAGGGAGCGAGAAUCCGGUGAUGAGCGUGGUGGCGUUUUUGGCGGGACAGGUUGGGCCUGGGGUUGCGGCUGCGGCGGCGCAGAGUGCGUUGGGAGAGCUGGCCAAGGGGCUGAAGAGGAAGAGGGGAGAUGAGAAGGAAGGGGGGAAGGAGGGAAAGAGUCCAAAAGUCGAUGCCGAGGAGGGCGAGGAAGCGGCGGAUGGUGAUGAGCCUACAAAGGAAACUUCUGCCGAACCCAUGUCUGUCGACGAAACGGCCCCUCCAGCCGAGACCGAAGAAGGCCAGGAACCAUCUGCCUCCUCCCUCUCUCGCGCUGCUACCCUCGCCCUCUCCUCGGCCGCGACCAAAGCCCAAACCCUCGCUUCCCAUGAAGACCACCGUAUCUCCCUUCUCGUCUCUCGCCUCGUCUCUGCGCAAACCCGUAAAGUCGAGCUCAAACUCGCCAUGUUUGAGCGACUCGAGGAGAUGCUGGAAGGGGAGAAGAGGAGCGUGGAAGUGGCUAGGCAGGGACUGUUUAGGGAGAGGCAGAGUGUAGUGAGGCAAUUGAGAGAGGUUGAAGGUUUGGUCAAGAGGGCCAAGGAGGGACAUGCCACUGCCACGCCGGCGGAAACAGCAGGGCUGGAAAAGGAAGUGCAGGGCUUGAGGAAGGAAGUCGAGGGCGAGACGAUGGCGGAGCAAGUACAGGUUGUGCAGGAUGCUGGAGCGCCGGAGGGUGAAUCGACGUUGGGCAAGCUUUGA